GCUCUGUAGUGCUUCAAGCGACCAAAUAUUGCGGGUAUUUUACUCACUGGUGUAAUUCACUGAAUUAGGAUUUUCCAAUAGAUGGUUUGCAUAUUGUGAAAAUACGCCGUUCCACAGUUUAUUAUUAAAAAUGUCGAGACAAUUAGAACCUCUUCGGACAUAUGGGCCAAAGCCCGCAAAGUUUCAGCUGGAAGAGAAUGGAGAAUAUUAUAUGAUUGGUUCGGAGGUUGGAAACUAUCUUAGACUUUUCCGAGGAUCUCUUUAUAAGCGAUACCCAUCAUUGUGGCGAAGAGUAGCUACUGCUGAUGAGAGAAAAAUUAUUGCUACUAGGUCACCAGACUUAUGGAAAAGAAUAGCAAAGAAAUUAUAUAAGCAGGCAAAGGGCAGAAAGAAAGAUCUUGGACACAGCACUCUUGCGACAAAUGUAUCUUUACUCCGCGCUGUUGAAGUGGAAGAUGUUUUUGCAGGGAAUGAUCAAAAAUACAGAGCUUCAACAUUGUCACUGCCUGUUGACACUUCAUAUUCAAGGGAUUCAGGAAAGAAUAAAAGGAACAGUUCUUGGGUUCCAACUCUUCCUAAUAGUUCGCAUCAUCUUGAUGCUGUUCCUUGUGCAACACCAAUCAGCCAUGUUCCAAAAUCACAAAAGAAGAUUAGAACAUUUCCUUUCUGUUAUGAUGAUAGAGAUCCAACUCUCAUAAACAGCAAUGCUCAACAACCUGAAGUAUUAAUUCCAAUCAGACUUGAUAUGGAGGUAGACGGACAAAAAUUGAGAGACACUUUCUGUUGGAACAAAAAUGAACAACUCAUCUCUCCAGAAAUGUUUGCAGAGGUGUUAUGCGAUGAUCUCGAUAUAAAUCCUUUGACACUUGUUCCUCUCAUAUCUCAAGCAAUUCGAACACAAAUAGAAGCUUAUCCAAAUGCCAGUGAUAGCUUAUUAUCAGAGCAGUCUGACCAGCGAGUUAUAUUGAAGUUGAAUAUCCAUGUUGGCAACAUAAGCCUUGUCGACCAGUUUGAAUGGGAUAUGUCAGAUCCAGACAACAGUCCAGAAAAAUUUGCAAUGAAGUUAUCACAAGAACUUGGGCUAGGUGGAGAAUUUGUUACAGCUAUUGCGUAUAGUGUUAGAGGCCAACUAAGCUGGCAUCAACGAACAUAUGCCUUCAGUGAGAAUCCUCUUCCUGGUGUUGAUAUUCCUGUGAGGAAUACAGGGGAAGCCGAUCAAUGGUGUCCAUUCCUUGAAACUUUGACCGAUGCUGAGAUGGAAAAGAAGAUUAGGGAUCAGGAUCGAAACACAAGGCGAAUGAGGCGAUUAGCAAAUGCUUGGUAAAUCUACUUUUGAUGUGAAUUAUUUGCUGCCGUCGUGUCAAUCAUCAGUAUCUUGAAGUCGCUUCAUGCUGUUGAGUCGGAAGUGAUAUUGUGCUGGAUACUAUUUUGUAUUUUUGUUAAAUCUUUUCAAUAAAUUGGCAAUUAAACAAG